AUGGCGUCUUAUGGUAUGUCUCCCCGUUAUGAAAAUGACUUGGACUAUGAUGAUUGUGGGAGUUCAGAUUACGAUGAAGACAGAGAUAUGGAUGCUAACAUCUCUGAUGAAGACACAGAAGAUGCUAGUGAGACUGACAUGGUUAAACGGGAGGAAGAAUACACAGAAAUCAAAGAACAGAUGUACCAAGAUAAGUUGCUUCAGAUCAAAAAACAAUUGCAACAACUGCAAGAUGGGGUGCUGCCUGAAUUCAUGAAAAAGAACUGCAAAAUUGAACAGCAGUACCGAGACCGGCUGAUGAGCAAUGAAGUGUGGUGGGAGUAUGAGCGUGCUGUUGUAGAUCGUGAAUGGAUCAAAGAGAAACAAGCAGCUGUAAAAGAUUUUGAAGAAAAGAAAUUUGGCUUGAAAGAAAACUUGAUAGCAGAAUUUGAAGAGAAGAAGCGACAUAUUGAGAGUGAACGUAGCACAAUGGAACUUACAGGAGAUUCAAUGGAAGUGAAACCUGUGAUGACACGUAAAUUACGUCGGCGACCAAAUGAUCCUCUGCCACUUCCUGAAAAACGCAGAAAACCUUCACCAGCUCAGCUUAAUUAUUUCCUGGAUGAAAGUGAAAUCAUUGAAGAUUUAAAGACACUCAACAAAAUGCCGAGCCGUCCAUUGCAGAAGAAGCCCAUGUCUCCCACUAACAAUAUGGAUGGCAACCUAACUAUGGAGGCUAAGAUUGAAGAUGGCCGCCUCUAUUAUGACAAAAGAUGGUUCCACAAAGGACAACCUGUAUAUGUUGAAGCCAAAGACAUAGAAAAAAUCACUGGGAUAAUUAGCACCAUUGGGACUGUGGAGAUCUGGGUGAAACGAUGCGACAAUAACAGCAAACUUCGGAUCUGCUUAUCCCAGCUCCAGAAAGGCAAAUAUAUUUUGCGGCGACGUUCCAUGUGA